CUCCAGCAGUAGGUGGCGGUAGAAGAAGAAGACGCUGUUCGCCCAUUGGCUGGCUGGUUGACACAUAUCCCACAAUCCACCGCGGUACAACUUCCUUUUUCCUUUCGGCCAUUUUCCUCCCUAGCAGGGAAGAAGACAUAAGCAGCCAUGGCCCCCAGCAGGAAUGGUAUGCUCCUGAACCCUCACUUCCACAAGGACUGGCAGAAAAGAGUCCGCACCUGGUUCAACCAGCCAGCCAGGAAGAUCCGCAGGCGAAAGGUUCGCCAGGCUAAGGCCCGUGUCAUUGCUCCCCGUCCUGUCGCUGGACCUUUAAGGCCACAGGUCAGGUGUCCCACAAUCAGGUACCACACCAAGGUUCGUUCCGGACGUGGCUUCACUCUGGAGGAACUCAAGGCAGCUGGUAUCCACAAAAAGACAGCCCGCACCAUUGGCAUCGCAGUUGACUCUCGCCGUCGCAACAGAUCCACAGAAUCUCUUCAGGCCAACGUGCAGCGUCUGAAGGAGUACCGCUCCAAGCUCAUCCUGUUCCCCAGGAAGGCGUCUGCUCCCAAGAAGGGAGACAGCACUGAGGAGGAGCUCAAGAUGGCCACUCAGCUCGCUGGUCCAGUCAUGCCCAUCAAAACAGCGCACAAGAAGGAGAAGGCUCGGGUUAUCUCUGAGGAUGAGAAGAACUUCAAGGCCUUCGCCAGUCUGCGUAUGGCCCGCGCCAACGCUCGUCUCUUCGGCAUCCGUGCCAAGAGAGCCAAGGAGGCUGCUGAGCAGGACGUGGAAAAGAAGAAGUAAAAAGGGUCACUGUGGAACUUUGCAAAAUAAAGAGUUAAAAAAGA